AUGCACCCGACUCCAACCCAUCGAUCGCUUGCAAUCCCCGUCACAGAAGAUGAUCCCUCAAUCCGCCAGAAAUACCGCCCCUUCCUCGACGCCAUCCCGUCCCACGCACCCGCGGCUUCAGACUGGACCAGGACCCUCGAACUAGAAAGCGUCCUCAGUAUGGCGGAGAAGAACAUUGCAGAUACAAAUAGUCGCUUGAAAGUUCUUGUUCUCUAUGGCAGCCUGCGUCGCCGCUCAUACUCGCGCCUCGUGGCGUUCGAGGCCUCGCGUAUCCUCUUCCGGCUGGGAUGUGACGUCCGCGUGUUUAACCCCGAAGGUCUACCCGUUAAAAAUGAUACGGAUCAUACGCAUCCGAAGGUCCAGGAGCUUAGGGAGCUGAGUAUCUGGAGUGAUGGGCACGUGUGGAUUUCGCCGGAGCAGCAUGGGAAUCUUACCGCCGUCUUCAAAAACCAAAUCGACUGGAUCCCCCUAAGCACAGGGAGCAUCCGCCCAACGCAGGGCCGCACCCUCGCAAUCGGACAAGUCUGCGGCGGCUCUCAAUCAUUCAACGCCGUGAAUUCCCUCCGCAUCCUCGGCCGCUGGAUGCGCAUGUUCACGAUCCCGAACCAGUCGUCGAUCCCGAUGGCGUAUACGCAUUUCCCGGACGAGGGGACGGGAGAACCGGGGGAUGAUCAGCGGCUGAAACCAAGCGGGAAUCGGGAUCGCCUGGUGGAUUGUAUGGAGGAGUUUGUCAAGUAUACGAUUCUGAUGAGGCCGCAUGUGGAGAGUUUUGGGGAUCGAUUUAGUGAGCGGGUGGAGAGGAGGGCGAAGGAGGGGAAGUAGAUUGGAUGGCUGUUAUAGAUCGGUAGAGGCAACGUGUAUAUAGGUAGUGCUGCCAGUGGUAGUUGGACGUCCGUACGUAGUCGGGAAGGCUCUUGUCUGCGACGAGGCUGACUUGACGGAAAUUACUUGAGAUACGGAGCCAUGGUCAGCUUGUCGCCGCCCAUUCUGCC